AUGGGAAGAAUCCUAAGUUUUGCAGCUCUAAUCGGAAUGAUCAAAGACAAAGCUUCUCAAGGCAAAGCUGCUUUAGUCUCUUCAAACCCAACAAGCAAGUCUCACACUUUCCAUCUCUCCGUCCUCCGUGCCACUACUCACGACCCUAAAACUCCUCCGGGAAAUCGUCACCUCGACGUUCUCCUCUCCGCCGGUACUGGCUCACGAGCCACCGCAGCUUCCGCCGUCGAAGCCGUCAUGGACCGUCUCCACACAACCAAAGACGCCUGCGUCGCUCUCAAGUCAUUGAUCAUCGUCCAUCACAUCGUCAAACACGGUCGUUUCAUCCUACAAGAUCAGCUCUCUGUUUUUCCAGCUUCCGGUGGUCGGAACUAUCUGAAGCUUUCUGGGUUUAGAGAUGAGAAAUCCCCUUUGAUGUGGGAGCUUUCCUCUUGGGUCAGAUGGUACGCUUUGUAUCUUGAGCAACUGUUAUCAACUUCAAGAAUCAUGGGCUUCUUCGUUUCUUCAACAUCAAGCACGAUCCACAAAGACGAGUACGAAGAGAUGGUUUCGUCUCUUACCAACAAUGAUCUGCUUCGUGAAAUCGACGCGCUCGUUGGUUUAUUACAAGAAGCAUGUAAAAUUGCGGAUGUACCCUUCUGUGGAGGCAAACCUCUCGCGGACAUGAUCACCCGUUUGGUCGGAGAAGACUACGUGUCUUCGGUCAACGAGCUUCACACGAGGCUCAACGAGUUUAAAGAUCGGUCCAAUAUUUUGAGUUUUGGAGAUUCGUUCGAGCUUGUCUGUGCUUUGAAGAGGCUGGAGAGUUGUAAAGAGAGAUUGUCUGUGAUAUUCCAUGGAAAGAGAGCUUGGAUCGAUGGGUUCUGGGGUUUGGUUCGUGAAGUCAAGGGCAUGAUUGGUGGUUUAGAGGAUAGUUAUGAGCAGAUUGGGAGGAGAGGGAAAGGAUAUGAAUCGGCUCGGUUUACUGAUCGGUUAGUUAUUGGUUAUGGUGACACUGUUCGGUUUUCUUCCGGCAGGUUUUCGAAUGUUGAUCGGUUUAACUACCCGGUUUCUAGUCGAACAUUGUGUUAAGAGUUAACCGACUUUGAAUCUCUUGUGAUUUUUUGCUGUCAGGUCAGAUGUGUUGUAAAUUUUGUAACACAAAUUUCAGUUACAGAAAGAUAG